AUGUGGAGCGCGACAAGAUGUAUCAACGCCAAGGGCGGCGCAGCGGUUGCUCUGCCACCAGGUCUGAGGCGGACGGUGUCCGCUUUGCGACGGCACAGACCACGAGACAUCACCCCGACGGCAGGAAGAUCCUCGCUCUCGUCCAUCACAGAUAACGCGUCUUCGUACGGCGCUUGCAUCGUCUUUCUGUGCAACUUUAGCCGACGGCGUUUCGCUUCGUCUUCCAGUGCUGGAGAUGACCGCGACGGCAGCACUGCAACGGGCAGCACGUCCAGAGCACCCGCCGAGCACGGCCAAGGUGCAGGCGCGCUAAAAAAGUGGCACGUUGGCUGGCGAGAUGCGGACACGCUGGGGAAACUCUUGACGCUGGCAUUCCCCACGUUCGAUCCGUACCAGGUUUCCCGAACGAGGAUGCUGAUGAAAACGCGGGAGUUGCCGGACUUGCUCCCGGAGAGGGAAGGUUUUCCGGCAUUGCGCGACUUGCGAGCGGAGGAGCACCUUCUGACGGAUGAAGUCUUCGCGGACGUCUGCAAGCAGUGGAAAAUCGCGUACGAUGCCAGCUGGGAGGACAUUCGCCACAGGCACUUGACAAAAGGGUUGGACUUGGAGACACGCGGCAAAUCGGCGAACGGGACUACGAAGAAGAAGCGCAGCCAAAGAACCGCGUCGAGUCGAAACGAAACUUCUGGACCAGGCGCCGCGGGUGCGAACAGCCACUACUACGAACCUCCGGAACUACCGACAGGCCCUUCGGACAAAGCCGUGACUUUUGCGUUACGGUGCUUAGACUUGAAGCCGUCGUGUGUGGACAAGGACGAGAUGAAGGCGCGAUGGCGAGAUGCGCUCUGGAAGUUGCACCCGGAUCGGUGUGCGGACGCGGACAGCGAGCGAAAAAUGCAACAGAUCAACGCAGCGAAGGAUUUGCUGGAAGAGAAAUUUGGAAAGUUUUAAAAAGGAUGCAUCAAAAAGACACGAAACUCAGAGCACAUGUGGAUUGUACUGACCUCGUCUGGAGGUAUGAAUAGCUGUUUUCCUAACGCUCCAUACUCCGAAUUUACUGAAAUGCUGCUUAUGAGGACAUGUCGUAUUGGUGCUUCUGCUUGCGCUUGCCAC